AGUAGCUUGAGAGUUAGAUCGUGCAGUUCGACGCCGAUUGCCGUCCGUUGCACAAGUUUCUCGUUUAUUGCUACGAAGUUCUAUCUCAGUUUGGUGUAUAGUGGAAAUAAUACGAUUUUCCUCAAUUUUCGUGAAAUAAUCAUCGACAGUGACAAGUGAUCGUGUAAAUAUACAAUUUAAUACGCGAUAAAUAUCGUUCAUUGCGGUACGGAACCUUUACAGAUAAUAUAGACAGUUGGUUUUUUUAUUAAAUAUGAAAAGGUUGUAAUUUGUUAGCUUGCCAAGAAUAUUAUUGAUGACUUGCUAACAACAUAAUGACAUAGUUUGUGCUCGCGACGUUUCGCUGAUAUGUGUAUAAUUACGUUCGUUUAUUUAAAUUUAAUUUAUAUUUUCGAAACAACUGUUUGCAAAUAAAUGAUAUUAGAAUUAUCGUAUAGCCGACUUUGAUCUUGAGAUGACUAUAUUUGUCAUCGAGUCAAUAUAAUCACGUAGAAAUAAAGUCUGAUACUACGUAUUUGAUGAUUCUUGUUGAUUAUUUACAUGUAACCUGCAUUGUAGAAAGUGAUAAUUUACAACAGGAUUGAAAAUUGAUAAAAAAUUGUUUAUUUUAACGAAAAUCGUUUUAUUAAAAGUUUUCGCUAGAGUUUAAUUAUGCUUCGUUCUUUUUUUCAUAUUUUCCUCUUAUUUCAACGUAAUCUUUUUUAUAACGCUAUUAAAUAAAUAAGCGCGGCUACGAAGUUUCAUUGAAUAUAAAUUAAGGAAUUACUUGGAUAAAUUGCAUUACACCGUGUUUUACGUAUGUGUUCCGUUUCUUUCAACGUGUUUUUUUUUCACCCAGCUGUUAAUUAUUUCGUUGUUAACGCUUGAACAUCGUAUUGCAUGCAAUUGUAGAUGACACGAUUCUUUUUUUUUUUUCUGUACCUCCAAUGUACGAUUGAAUACACGAACGCGUGCACGGUGCACGCACGUUUUAUUUCACACAAUCAAGUAGAUUUCAAUGAACAAUGCAUGUAUUUUAAUCGAUAGAAGCUGUGGUCACGUUAUUGGUCUUGAUUAGCUCAAAGAAUGUUAGUAUCGUUAAGUUCCGUUCACUCGUUUUGCAAAGGCAUUACUUUCAACGAAGUAGUCAACUAACGGUAAAUCAAAGUGCUUGUUUCCAAAUCGUUUUAAAUUCAUAUUCAAUCAAAAAAUUACAUUUCUACGGUAUAACGCUUCCUGUAGUGUUACAGAACAUAUAUAUAUCCCUGUUUGUAAUAAUUAAAUGUUUAAUGUUUAUUGAUAAUUGUAAUAAUAAAUGUUGAUGACUAUACGACUUUUUUUCAACGUCUCUUAAGUUCAAUCGAAGUUUAUAAGAUAUGAAUCAAAUGUAAUAUAUUGUCACAAAAAAGUUCGAAAUUAUUGAGACCUUGCUGUGAUAUUCUGUGAGUAUUCUUCUCAAAAUUUAAUAUUGGAUCAAUAAAUUCACAGUAUAGAUUUUACACAGUAUCGUUUUAUUACUUGAUGUUUGUAAAGCUUGUUUACGAAGUAGAAAUUAAAAUUAAAUUGAUACGGUGUACAAUUACAUUUCAAUCAUAUGAUAGCCGAAUAAUUUAUUUUCAGUAGUUUGAUUGCUUCGUUGGUCUAUGUUUAUUUUUAUAUAAUUUACUACGGUCAUUCCUUAAUAAGAAUAAUAUACUUGGUACUAGUUGCAGUUACUAAUAAUAACCUUCUUCAUGCCGAGAAUAUAUUUUUAGAAACAAUAAGAAAACCGUACUUUCUCAGUUUUGUAUUUAUCGAAUUUAAAACAUUACGGUAAAGAGCUUUACGAUUGGCGGUAAUAAGUUCAGAAAAUUGUUGAUAAUACAAACUUUGUGGCUGCAAUUUUGAAGAGAUCUUGCGUUCUUUCCGUCGAAGAACAAAAGAGUUUGUUGUUUCUAGCUUAAUGUAUGAAAACUAUGUAAAUGCGAAAUAUGUGAUAAGUGAUGUGUGAACUUCGAACAGACCAGGAGGACGACGGUGGCGUAUGAUUCGCAGCACGGAAGGAGAAGGAUAAACGAUUUGAAAGAUGAAUUUCGAAGCAAGGAAUUGUAGCACGAUGCCACGACCGUAAUUGCUCGAAAGCGAUAUAACCACAAUUCCCACGAAAUGGCCAGGCAAAUCUCGUUUUCCUCCACUCUGACGUCGGAAGAAAUGAGUAGAAUGCAACCUUGUAUGAAAGCUAGGUGUGUCAUAAUGUCGAGUGAUUCUCCAUCACCCCUGCAGACCUCUAUACCUCUGGUAGACUACGAUGUACCAGAUGAAGCUCGUUCUGGAAAAGUUACACCGACCACACCUACCAUUCCGGUGACGACUAAACUUUUGAAUAACGACACCACCGACACUGAGACGAUCGAGAAUGCAGUACCGAUCGCGCAGACCGUUCUACCGGUACCAGAGCCACGACCGAAGAUCGAGAGGAACGGAAUCGAUUCGGAAACAAAGAAGUCGGUCACUCAACCCGAUGACGAUUCCUGCGUCGUGGACUGUAUAUACUUUACGCAGCAGUGCUGCGAAUGCAUGAUACUUUAACGGUCAAAAAUCACCACGUGUCGUGAGAUCAUGCGUGACUGUAAAGAAAAUUAGAACCGUCGUUUGUUGAACACCUCUCGUGUUCUCGUUCUUAAACGACCAAUAACUGUCCUUAGAUAAAACGAUUACGGUUACGAUUAUAUUUCGUCGUAAUCCGUAAACUAUUUAACAACGUGACGAAACCACUGAUCAUUCCUUCGUUUUUUUUUUUUUUUUUUCGGGAAACCGAAGAUCUGAAAUUUAACUCUAAUACUGAAUUAAGAGUAAGAUGAUUUUUAUGAUAAGAUGAUUAUUUAUUAGAUAAAAUUUAUAAAGUACAUAUAUUGCGAUAUUUUGUAUAAUUAAUAUGUACACUAGGUUUUUUGGAAGCUUCGGUGAAAUCAUUCACAACGCAGAAGUAUUUGUUUAUCAGUUACAAUAGUAUACUUAAAUAUGACGUGAAAUUAAUAGUUAUUUACGAAAUAGUAUGACUAUUAUCGUUCGGUACUAAUUACCUAUCUCAUUAGUUUAUGAGAUCUAAGAUUACUGACCCUGCUUAAUACCUUGAACUGCUGAAUUUGAUUUCCAGUUGUGUGUUUUAUUUAACUCUAGAUACGUGGUUUAUCCACGUAAUAUAAUUUCUUGAACAAAAUAGUAUGGUAAAAAGAUUACAAUGAAGUCUAGAACCAUUCACUGAAAACAAUGAAUCUCAUUUUAUAAAGAGUUCUGCUGCAUGAUAAUUUCAUAAUUUGCCAUGCAUUCCUAUUUUCAAAUAGUGAUACUAAACUUAGUUCUUAAGUGCUUGUACGCAUUAUACCAAACAAAGCAUUCAAAGUUGUAAUUUAUACGAAAUUGCUUCUUAAUGCAUCUUGAUCCUUUGUUUUUAAGUAAAAACUAUGCAAUGCAACAAAUUUUUGUGUGUAUGCAUAAUACAUGUUGCGAUACAUACAAAUUUGUUAACAUAGAUACAGUUCUUCGAUAAAGAUUAUUAGAAAAUUGUAAAACUAUAAUGUUAACUUCCUUCGAAAAGACUGCUCAAGUGCCGUAAAUGUAUGUAAAUUUAAAGAUAUCAAGUAUCAUUUUUUGAUGAUAUUAAAAGUUUCUUAUAAAACGAACAUUCACAUAGAUUGAGUAUCGUUUCCAAAUGUAAAAUUUUACAUUUAUGAAUAAUAUAGAAUUUAUACAUUAUAUUAUAUAUAUAAAGCUUGCAAUUUAAAGGAAUAAAUUAAAAAAAGUAUUUAUGACGCAAUAUAUAAUCGAAACCAUUAUAUGUUAAAGAAAAUUGUGUAAAUGAAAAGACCUUUGAAGUAUAUUCUUGAUAUACAUUAACAAAAAAUGUAUGUUACAAAUAGUUUUUUAAACAUGUACAAAUUAAAAAGGCAUUGCCAUGACGUUUCAAAAUCCAUGUCAAUUAUAUAAGAAAUUUUACAAGUUAAUGACUUUUAUAUAAAGCCCUAUUUUUAUAAACAAUCAAGGAAGAUAGAAAAAUAUCAAAUGCUUGCAUCAGAUUUUUUGAGACGAAUAUAUACUUUGUAUAUAUACAUAUAAUUGUUAGCAUUUAACGACAAACUUAAUACAAUUAAUUAAAUUUCAAGAAGUUAUAUGAUUCAAUAGCAAUAUAGGACAUCAAAAUUUGUGUGUUAAAUAGUUUCGACUUUCAUUAUAUGAUACUACUAUAUACUAAUAGAAAACAAAUUUUAAUGCUUACUCUCUUUACAUAGAGUGAGUGAUUACUUUGAUGAUAUUCGUUUAAUAACAUCUAUGCUAUGUUUGUUGUAUAUAAAUGUGUAUCUUUCACGACUAAAUAAUGAUAGUUAUAUACUGUCUCAAUACCUAUUUACAAAUUAAACAGUUAUAUAUUUUGUGAUACAUUUUUAUAAUACAUAACACACCCAGUAUUUUAAUUUAUUAAUUGCUUUUGUCUAUCAUAAUACUAUCAAUGAUAGAUAAUUAAACAUUUUUUGUUAAUAUUUUAUACAAAUAUGUGCAAUAAAUAAGGACUAAAUUCUAAUGAGAAAUAAUUGUGAAAACUAUUACAAAUAUCUAGCGAUAGUUAUACUAAUUCAAAAAGUAUAUUCGCAAAAUAUUGCAGCAUAAGUAUGAUAUACAACGUUUUAUUGUGAAUAUUUCUAUAAUAAAUACAGGAAAAUGAGA